AUGUCAAGGACAUCGCGACUCCAAACAUUGGAGCCACUGUGGGCAGCAACGAGCAGUACGACUUUAAGCAAGCCAUGGCGCGGCGCUGCACACCAACCCAUUGACCCACUCCCCUGCUUCCCCAUUUCCCCUCUCCCUCACUUCUUUCCCCAUUUCCUACACCCCCGCUGCCUUCCCCCUCCCAGUGUGGGCAGCAACGAGCAAUACGACUUCGAGCAGGCUUUAGGCGCGGCGCUGCACACUAAGCCAUUCACCUUCGACCCCUUCCUCUCCGCCAACGCCUCCCACCGCAUGCUCGCCCUCCCCUUCCUCCACUUCAACCAAAUCGCCAUCGCGGGCGCUGCAAGCCUCGAAAAAUUCCGGGAGCAAAACCCCGGAAUCACCUUUAUGACCCUCAAAGGGGCGAUGGAGAAGCUAGGGCAUGAGUAUGUGGAUGUGCUGAAAAUGGACUGUGAGGGGUGUGAGGAGGAGUUUAUCAUGGGUCUGAAGAGGGAGACUGAGGAGUUUGUGGAGAGGAGGAGGAAGGAGGGAGGGGCGUGGACGGAGGAGGAAUUGGAGGGGAAGAGGAGGGGGAGGGGAGAUGCGAAGCUGGUGAUAAAUGGGGGGAAUCUGCUGUUUGGGCAACUGUUGGUGGAGUUUCACGCCAUGCACAAGCCCCAGCAAUCCCUGGCCUAUCUCUACGCCAUGGAGGGAAUGGGAUACCGCAUGUUCCAUGUGGAGCCCAACCCGCUGUGCUACCCGUGCAUCGAGGUGGCGUUUGUGCACGAGGACUUGGUGGUGCCUCCCCUCAGCCUUGACUGUGCGGGUGUUCUGAGUCGGUCUCAGGUUUCUGACUAUGUGAUGCAGUGGCUGCCUGGAGGAGGAGGGGGAUGGGCAGGGGGGCCUGGGGGAGGGGAAGGGGAAGGGGGAGGGGGAGGGGGAGGGGAAGGAGGAGGGGAAGGGGGAGGGGAAGGGGGAGGGGAAGGGGAAGGGGGAGGGGAAGGGGGAGGGGGAGGGGAACAGGAAGGGAGAGGGGAAUGGGGAGGGGAACAGGAAGGGGGAGGGGAAGGGGGAGGGGAACAGGAAAGGGGAGGGGAAGGGGGAGGGGAACAGGAAGGAGGAGGGGAAGGGGGAGGGGAACAGGAAGGGGGAAGGGAAGGGGGUGAGGGAGACGAGGGCAGCAGCAGCAGUGUAGACUCUGGUGGUGACAGUGGUGGUGCGCGGUCUCAGGUUUCUGACUACGUGAUGCAGUGGCUGGCUGGAGUGGAGGGCGGGGCAGAGGAAGCGGAAGGGGGAGGGGACGGGGAAGGGGGAGAGGAAGUGGAAGGGGGAGGGGAAAGGGGAGGGGAAAGGGGAGGGGAAGGGGAAUGCGGGGGGGAAGGGCGAGGGGAAGGGGGAGGGGAACAGGAAGGGGAAGGAGGGGAAGGGGUUGAGGGAGAGGAGGGCAGCAGCAGCAGCAGCAGCACAGGCUCUAGUGGUGGUGGUGAUGGGGGUGGUGAUGACAGUGGUGGGGCGUAG